AUGUCUCAAAAACACAUAUACAAAGCCCCCAACUGUCAACUCUCCACAGCAGAUAGCGACAAACCCGGUAUCAACCUCGAUACCCUCGGCGAAGUGAUCGAACACCUUCGCUCAGCACACAAACUCACAUACAUGCGACGACCGAAUCGGCUAGGGAUACUAGAUAGUCAUGGACACCUAUGGUAUUGUUUCCAUGUGAAGUGUGAGACCAGGGAGGUGGUGGGAAAAGAUCAUAGGAGUUUUAGGUUUGAUGGGGCGAUGUGGGAUCGUUUUAAUGCGUGUCAUGAUUGGGAUUUUGAUGGGGUUAUACGAGAAGGAUGA